CUUGUUUCUUUUUUAUGAAACAUACUGGAUAAUAUAUACUUGUAGAUAUAACUAAUGACUCUGACAUCUGUUUGCCUUGAGGGUUCAACCCAACUGAUUUUGUGCAAAUACAUAUAUAGUUAGCUACAACGUGCAUGUAGGACAGACACUUGCCGUGUGGGAACAGGGAAUACACUAGAUGGUAGUUCAUAGUCAAUCAUCCAAAUAUAAAGGAUCAUCAUGACGAACUGUUCCAACGAAUUCCCCAGCACCGAGGACUACUAUCCAGUUCUAGUCCGGAGCUGGGUGUCAAUGAUGCUGAUGGCGCUAGCGUGCGUGCUCACCGUCGGAAGUAUAAUCAUCUUUAUCGAGUCGCUGCUCUACGUUAUAAGGGUCAAUAAGGGUCACAGCGAGAAAGUGGUCAAGGUCGGCACCAUCCUUGGCCUGCAUCCGGUGACAACAGCAUGUGCCAUGUUGGCGCUCUUGGUGCCCAAAAGCUCCCUUCUCGUGGACCUCGUCGCCGCUUGCUACCUGUCCGUGUGUUUCUACAUGUUCGUGUCACUGGUGAUCGAGGUAUAUUUCGGCGGCAAUCUCGUGAAGGCCCUAAACGGCACAAAGGUGAAGACUGCUGUGCCGCCCUGCUGUUGUUGUUGCUGUUGCAUACUCAAACCUAGGAUUCUCACGAAGCGGUCGCUACUGGUGUUCCGGAUGCUUUCCCUCCAGGUGGCGUUCGUGCAACCCGUGCUGCUCUUCAUCGCCGCCGUGUUGUGGACGGAUGGCAAAUACGAUCCCGGACAUAUUGACCCCGCCAAGGCGACUAUAUACAUCACAGUUAUUACCACUAUAUCAACGAUGCUGUCCAUCUACGGGUCUUUGGUGGUACACCGCGCCGCUGCCCCCUACCUCGCCUCCUUCAACUGCGGAAUCAAAUGGACGUGUAUCCAGCUCGUGGUGAUUCUCCCUAACAUUCAGGGUCUCAUCUUCUCAAUCCUCGUCGCAAAUGACCUGCCACCCUGUGAGAACACGCGCGGACCUCUCGUCAGAGGAGCCAGUCUUAAUCAUUUCCUGUUGGUGGUUGAGAUGUUCCUGCUCACCCUGCUAGCCCGCCGCGCAUACCGGAUGGACGAGCGCGACCUCCCGCUUCCCGUGACAGGACAGGGAAAAGGCGAACCGGAAGAGCAGGGCUUAGACCCAAAUACCUCUGGCGAGUGGCCGGUUACAGACACAGUGCUGUGAUACAUUUUCACAUGCUUUUAUUCUAGGAAGUAAUGUGAAGAUAUACUACAUGUAGUAGUAUAAUGUGAUAUCAGUACUUGAAUGUAAUGGUUACAUCACUGGAUGUAGAGACAUUGUGAAUAUUCGACGGUUGACUGGUACGCCAUAUCAUAAUGACAAUAGCUUUUACGUGAAAGAAAUACGCAGCUGGGAAUCUCUAUUUUUGUAAACUUAAGCCGGCAUCUCUAUAUGUUGCCACGGUGUUUAUGUGAUCCUAUAUGUAUUUAAUCCAUUAUCGUGCCACAGACACAGCAUGUAUCAAUGAAUGAAUGUGUUCUUUUAUAAAUCAUUCCUUUCUGUUGGACGAUGUCUUGACCAAAGCAUAACUAUUCGUAAACUUACACAUUUAUAAUCAUUGAAAUGAAAGUACAUAGUAACAUGUGAUAAAUGAAUAUUGGCGCUGUUUACAGUUUGCAAAUGUUGCAUGUCGCAAUGUAAGUUUUGUUCACAGACACCAGAUUUUCAAGCUCAAUCAUUUAAAAAAAAAUCUUAUAAUUCCGAACUAAAAAUUUUAAUACCGAAAAUGUGAAAAAAAUAUUGAUUUUUUUUUUAUAAAUAUGCACUUUGUACUGUAAAAUAUUGUACAGUAUAAUUUUUAGUUCGGAGUUAUAAUUAUUGUUUUUGAUUUAAAAAAAAAGAUUGAGUUUGAAAAUCCGGUGCCAGGGUUAUGUUGUGUCGAUGAAACUGACAGGUGCUACU